AGCAAUCAAAGACUUACGAAACACUUGCCAAGUUACUGCCAAACCCUAUCAUGCUUAGCUCCCUUGCACCUUGCCCUACCUCAGUUAUAGCUAGGGCACGGAAAACCCCAUCCAGGACAAGGUGCAUUGCCUCUACUGGAUGUACAGCUGCAACGUGUAAUGCUGGCAGUGAAGCCAGAGAGGAGAUUGCCUUGGAAAGGGCCAGGGCAUACUACCAGGACGUAUGGAGUGAGGGUCGAGUGCUGCGGCUCAACGCCAUCAUGGCGGAGGAUCACCAGCAGCACGACAUGAUCUGGCAGCCCCACCGAGUGGGUGCCGGCCGGCGGGCCAUGAAGCGGGGCAUCAUCGCCUACCGCAGGGCCUACCCGGAUCUGGUGUUCCAAGUUUACGACAUGAGUUACAGCCA